AUGGGUAUCCAAAAUCCUGACAAACUAUUGCUUUCCGUAGAGGACCAGCGUGCCAUGGACAUUCUUGAAGCAGUGACAAGGCCCAAAGAUGGGCGCUUUGAAUCGGGUCUGCUUUGGAAAUAUGACGCUGCGCGGCUACCCGACAGUAAGGCGAUGGCUCUCAGGAGAUGGGAGUGUUUAGAGCGGCGAAUGAAGAAUGAUAAAUGUUUGGCAAAAGCACUCCGCACAAAAAUGGCCGAGUAUGUGCAGAAAGGUUAUGUCAGGAAAUUGACUGCAGAUGAGUUGAAAAACUGUCAACCACGCGAGUGGUACUUGCCAGUGUUUCCGGUAUACAACCAAAACAAACCAGGAAAACUAAGGUUGGUCUGGGACGCAGCAGCUACAGUCCACGGUAUCUCCUUGAAUUCAGUUUUACUGAAAGGACCCGACCAGCUAAGUUCCCUAUGGUCAGUGUUGAUCCAGUUCCGAGAGCAUCGAGUUGCGGUAUGUGGAGACAUAAAAGAAAUGUUUCAUCAAGUUUUAAUGAGAGCAGAAGAUCAGCAUUGUUUGCGAUUUUACUGGAAGGAAGAUGCCAAGAACAUGUCGCCGGAAGUGUACACAAUGAUGGUGAUGACAUUUGGCGCCUGCUGCUCACCAUCAACAGCCCAGUAUGUCAACAACAUCAACGCGAAGAGAUUCAAAAGCGAGUUCCCGCAAGCAGUCGAUGCGAUAGUGCGAAAGCAUUAUGUUGACGAUAUGCUUGCUAGCGUUGAAACGGCGGAGGAAGCUAUAAAGUUGGCGCAGGAAGUGAAAUAUAUACACGCAGCCGGAGGAUUUGAAAUGCGCAAUUGGAUAUCGAAUUCGUCGGUGGUCUUGGCUUCCCUGCAUGAAGGAGCGGCUAUCGAGAAGAAUCUCGGGAUUGGACAAGAAAAUGUAACCGAAAAGGUAUUAGGCCUUUGGUGGAACACAACUAUGGACUGCUUUACAUUCAAGGUGUCGCCACGAUACGAUGACGAUCUGCUAUCCGGACCAACUAAGCGUGAGCUGCAUACAUUCGUCGACGCGAGUGAAAAUGGAUUUGCGGCAGUAGUAUAUCUCCGAUUUGAGGAAGGAGAUAACAUAGAAAUAGCGUUCGUCAGUGCAAAAACACUGGUAGCCCCGCUGAGAUUUCUCUCCAUUCCUCGUUCAGAGUUGCAAGCCAGCGUCCUUGGAAUGCGUCUGGCCAACAGCGUCGCACAAUCACUGAACUUUGGAAUAAAGAAGAGGUACUUCUGGACCGAUUCAAGAGACGUUAUCUGCUGGCUCAACUCCGACCACCGGCGAUAUAGCCAGUUCGUAGCAUUCCGAGUCAGUGAGAUAUUGGAAGUAACUGACAAAGAUGAUUGGCGAUGGGUCCCAACGAAACAGAACGUCGCCGAUGAAGGAACUAAAUGGGCGCACACGCCAGAUCUCAGUCCUUCAAGUCGUUGGUUUAAAGGUCCAGAGUUCCUUCGACGAUCCGAAACCGAAUGGCCUUCCAGUCGUCAAUGUGGAACAACGGAUAUGGAACUGCGUGCACACCUAUUGUUACAUGUCUCCACAACAGAAUCAGUCGUCGAUCCACAGAAUUUUUCUAAGUGGACGACGAUGUUGCGAAGUACGGCCUACGUGUUUCGGUACAUAUGUAACUCGAGGCAGAUGAUCAAAACAAAGCAGCGAACCAGUGGACCAAACCUGCGAGUACGCCGAAGAACUAGCUAUCCUCGUUUAGUUCAGGGCCGAACCGGGGCCUGCCAGUUGAUUGAUUAUGACGUAGUUAACCCGAUAAUCCUUCCUCGUAAUCACCACGUUACUCGGCUGAUAGUUCAUCACUACCAUCGAAAGUACCAUCAUCAAAACCAUAACACUGUUCUCAACGAAAUUCGUCAGCGAUACAGAAUACCUCGCCUCAAGUCCGUGUACAACGCAAUACGGAAACAGUGCCAGGAAUGCAUGAACGACAGAGUAACUCCAAUGCCACCAGCCAUGAGUGAUCUGCCGUCAGGACGUCUGGCCGCCUACUCUCGUCCAUUUACGCAUAUGGGGGUGGAUUAUUUCGGUCCGAUUAUGGUAACAGUCAACCGUAAAACGGAGAAACGCUGGGUGCUGAUAGCUACAUGUCUAACCAUUCGCGCCAUCCACUUGCAAAUCGCACACACUCUUAGUACCGAUUCCUGCGUCAUGGCUCUGCGCAACGUUAUCGGCAGGAGGGGCACACCGGCGGUAAUAUAUAGUGAUCAAGGUACUAAUUUUCGGGGCACUAGCAAGGAGCUCAAAAGUGCACUGGAAAACCUAGAUCACCAACGCCUGAUGACUGAGUUCACUACACCUCACACCAGCUGGAGCUUCAACCCACCAGCCUCUCCUCAUAUGGGCGGCGCGUGGGAGCGUCUCAUUCGCACAGUUAAGCAGAAUCUUAGCAAACUGAAGCCAAACAGCACGCUUUCCCACGAGGUUCUUGAAAACGUGCUUAUAGAAGUAGAAAACGUGGUAAACUCAAGACCACUAACCAGUAUCCCUCUUGAAGAUGAUGAAUCACCAGUGCUCACGCCAAACCAUUUCCUGCUGGGAUCAUCUAACGGUUUGAUGACAUGGGUACCCUUUGAUGACAGUCCGGUGGUACUCCGGAACUGUUGGAAGCUUUCCCAAGUUCUGGCCAACCAGUUUUGGAAACAAUGGCUCCGAGAUUAUCUGCCAUCGAUCACACGCCGCACCAAAUGGUUUAGUCCAGCAAAACCCAUUGAAGUCGGUGACAUCGUCGUCAUCGUGGACCAGAAUUUCCCGCGUAACUGUUGGCCGAAGGGACGGGUGAUAGCCACGAAGUCCGGAGCUGAUGGUCAAGUAAGGUGCGCUACCGUCCAGACAGCCAGCGGUAUCUACGAGCGUCCAGCAGUGAAGCUCGCCGUACUAGACGUAGGCGUCUGCAAGGAUACACCUCUGGAUAAUCAUUCUGGGGGGAGUGUUGAUCCCGCCACGUCCAGUGAUCCGACGAGCCCCAUCGUGCCCACUCCUGUGAACGCGAUCGUCUAA